UGAUAUCUUAUUUUAUUAGACAAUCAAAAUUAUAUCUCUAUUCAAAAAUAUCAACCGUUGUUUCCACGGAUUUAAACCUAAUAAAGGAAUAAAAGACGUCUAAGAACCGGAAAUGACCUUAGUGGCUUAGACUUAUUCAAAGUUCAAACUCUAAAGGGAAAUUAAAACACGUUUGAAAUUCCUGGAUUACAUUAACAUACUGGUCCUACACAGACAUGAAAACCUCUCUCACAUAGCAUGUUUCACAUGCAUGGGAUCCCACCACCUCCUUGGCUUCUCUAUAUCCAUUCAUCCGAAGACAACAAUCCCCAGAUCGAUCUCCUAGGUCAGUCAUUAUCACUAUAGAUUGCUUUCAUAUACAGGUAUAUUUACUGUUCUUACCAACCAAAGAGCUGUCUUAAGUCGAGUAAUAGUUAUGAGUUGUUAUAUAUCUUUUCAUUUCCUUGAUAUUUUCACUUAUAAAUACAUUAUAAACAACAACUUUCUACAACAUUGGAGAUGGAGAAAGCACAUGAAGGCCAUGUAUUGGUGUUGCCUUACCCAAGCCAAGGCCAUAUCAACCCUCUCCUUCAAUUUGCCAAAAGACUCGCCUCCAAAGGACUUAAAGCCACCGUUGCCACCACCCACUACACCCUUUCCUCCAUCUCCACCCCAUACAUCACUGUGGAGGCCAUCUCCGACGGUUUUGAUGACAGUGGUUUCACUCAAGCUCAAUCCGCAGAAGUCUUUCUAGAGUCCUUCAAGUCCCAUGGCUCACGUACACUCACCCAACUCAUCAAGAAACACCAAACCACCAAGUAUCCAAUCACUUGCGUUGUGUAUGAUUCCUUCUUUCCUUGGGCUCUUGACGUGGCUAAGGAGAAUGGGAUUCUUGGGGCACCGUUUUUCACCAACUCCGCCACUGUGUCUGCCAUUUUCAGCCGGAUACAUGGCGGGACGUUAAGGUUGCCGGUGAGAUUGGAGGAUUGUCCGGUGGUGCUGCCAGGGGUUCCGCCGUUAUAUUUGGAAGACUUGCCGAGCUUUCUGAAUGCACCUGAAAGUUAUCCAGCCUACUUGAAGAUGAAAUUGAACCAGUUUUCGAAUUUGGAGAAAGCUGAUUGGAUUUUCUGCAACUCUUUCCAAUCAUUGGAACCUGAGGUGAUAAAAGGCAUAGGGGAGCAAUGGUCAGCAAAACUAAUAGGACCAAUGGUGCCUUCAUCCUACUUAGAUGGAAGGAUUGUAGGUGACAAAGGGUAUGGUGCAAGUUUAUGGAAACCACUUGAGCAUCAAUGCACCAAAUGGCUCGAAACCAAGCCCCAAAACUCAGUUGUUUAUGUCUCGUUUGGGAGCAUGGUGUCAUUAUCCCAAGAAGAAAUGGAAGAAAUAUCAUGGGGUUUACAACAAAGCGGUUUCAAUUUUCUUUGGGUUGUCAAAGAGUCGGAGACACAUAAAUUGCCCAAAGGGUUUCUUGAAUUAACCACAAAAAGUCAAGAAAAGGGUAUGAUUGUGAAUUGGUGCAACCAACUUGAGUUGUUGGCUCACGAUUCGGUAGGUUGUUUUGUGACACACUGUGGGUGGAACUCAACGCUGGAAGGGUUAAGCCUUGGAGUCCCGAUGAUCGGAGUCCCAAAAUGGGCUGACCAAUUAACUGGUGCCAAGUUUAUAAAGGAUGUGUGGUGUGUGGGUAUGAGGGUCAAGGUGGAUGCUGAAAUUGGGAUUGUCGGAAGGGAAGAACUUGUUUCGUGUUUGAAUGAGGUUAUGAAUGUAGGGGAAAAGAGUUUACAGAUCAAGAAAAAUGCGAAGAAAUGGAGAGAAUUAGCUAAAGAGGCAAUAAGUGAAGGCGGGAGCUCAGAUAAAGCCAUUGAUGAGUUAUUAAUGGCAUUGAAGGGAUUUUGCAAAGAAAGAGACUUGUGUUAAGGUUGACUCUAAUGCAUCAUACUUUUUUAGUUAAAUAAGAACUACACUCUUAAUUAGUUCUAGCAUAACUAAUAAACAAAUUCACAUUAAGUACAACUUACGUCAGCAAAUUUGUAACACUUUAUACUAAUUGAUUCUAAUCAUAGAGAUCUUCUUUUACUUAAUUUUCACUUGAAAAUAUGAGUUUACCAUUAUUAGUGUGUGUACGCGUGUUGGUUACCUUAUAUUUUGGCAUUUUUAGAACAUUAAGGUACUGUUGUGCAUGAUUGUGGUUGUUAUCUUGAGUCUAUCAAAUUUUAGUGGUUCAUAUUUGUAUCUCUUACUAAAAGGUCAAUUUUCAAUCUAAAUAAUAUUUGUAAUUUGUUUUUUUUA